AGGACCCAGAACACCCCUUCUCAUAUUGCAAGCUGUAACAACCAGAAACCAAAAACAAAAUACCUCAAAAUAUGGCAAACUCUGUGCAUGUCAAAGAAGCUGUAGUGAUCAAACCAUCAGAGCCAACCCCGAGUCGUGUUCUAUCUCUUUCAGCCCUUGAUUCUCAGCUUUUUUUACGUUUCACUGUGGAGUACCUCUUUGUUUUCAAGGCUCGUCCUGGUUUAGACCAGAGUGUGAUCACAGACCGUGUCAAGGCUGCAUUAGCUAAGAUUUUGGUGCCUUAUUAUCCACUCGCAGGACGUGUCAGGGCCAAGCCCGAUGGUUCAAGCCUGGAGGUUGUGUGUCGAUCCCAGGGCGCGGUGUUUAUGGAGGCUGUCUCCGAUCUCACGAUCAACGACUUCGAUAGGGCCCCACGGUACGUGACACAAUGGAGGAAGCUCUUGUCUCUCAACGUGUCAGAUGUUCUUAAAGGGGCCCCAACUCUCGUUAUCCAGCUGACGUGGCUCAAAGAUGGAGAUGCCACGUUAGGUGUUGGCUUUAACCAUUGUGUCUGUGAUGGAAUUGGCAGUGCUGAGUUUCUUAACUCGUUCGCUGAGUUAGCUGUGAGUCAAAGCCGAGUUGCUGAUUUGAAGCCCCAGCCCGUUUGGGAUCGCUACCUUUUUGAUCCCAUAAAGGCUUCUCAUUGUUACUCGGCGAGUCUUAUCGAGUUCAACCGAGUUCCCGACCUCUGUGGUUUUACAAGUCGCUUCUCUAAUGAAAAGCUCGUCCCCACUUCAAUAAUAUUCGAUAAGAGAUGGCUAAACGAGUUAAAGAAACUCGCUUUGUCAACGAGUGGACCUUUCGAGUUAGCAUACACGUCUUACGAGGUACAAUCAGCUCAUGUAUGGAGGAGCUGGGCCAGAGCUCUAAACUUUCCAUCAAACCAAAUCUUGAAGCUUCUUUUUAGUAUAAAUGUCAGAAACCGAGUGAAACCUAGCGUGCCCAGUGGAUACUACGGCAACGCGUUUGUUCUGGGCUGUGCGCAAACAAGUGUUAAGGAUUUGGCAGAGAAGGGUUUAGGCUACGCAGCAAUGUUGAUAAAAAGAGCUAAAGAGAGAGUGGAUAACGAGUACGUAAGAUCAGUGAUUGAAUUAGUGAGUCAAGCAAGAGCGUGUCCUGACUCAGUAGGUGUGUUGAUCAUGUCGCAAUGGUCAAGGCUAGGGUUAGAGAGGGUUGACUUUGGAAUGGGGAAGCCAGUUCAUGUGGGUCCAAUAUGCAGUGAUAGGUACUGUUUGAUGCUACCUGUUCAUAAUCAACAGGAUGCUGUUAAAGUUAUGGUAGCUGUCCCUGCAAGUGGUGUUGACAAGUAUGAGUUUUUGGUCAAGAGUCCAUACUCUUGAGGACCAUUAGAGUUUUGGCUCUUUCGUUGACUUGUAUUGUUAGUUUUGACAUUUUGCUUUUCUCUGAGCUGGUGAUCGAUUCCAAUCGUGAUCUAAUGAGAUUGGUACUUGUAGUAUUAAUUGUUAGCUUUUUAAUCUUUUUGAGGAAUGUGGUGGCCACGCCCGAGUUUUGUACUCCUUUUUAGCUUGUCAAAAGCACGAGGAAUCCAAUGAAACGACUCCUUUUAAUCGUUACUA